UGGCUUUCCACCAUGGUCUUUCCCGUUCCGUUUGACUCCUUUCUCUAACGCGAACAAUAGUGUGCUCAAAUGUACCGGCACCGGGUCGGGUCAGGGACCCAGGCGGACUGGGACGCUCAAGAUUCACCUUUUUUCUCUGAAUUUGUCUUCAAUUUCUGUGUCAUCAUCCCCUUUCAUUGCAUCGUCUAGCUCUAAGCUAGCACGUGUUAGAGUUGACUCCACAUCACGUUUACCAUAGUCACGAGCAUGCCUUGCCAUUUGCGGCGUCUGUCGCUCCUCGAAUCGUAGAACCGCAUGCGGAGGGAGACGGUGAAGAGGAGAUUUUUCUCAUGAGGAUCUCCUCCCAAAAACAAUAUGUUUUGUCGGAGUGACAAGUCUUCAAAGGGAAGCAAGUCUACUGGCGGUACUCCUCAGUGGAGUAUCAACGCUUCACGACAAGCCAUGGCAGCAAACAGUUGGGAAUGCGCGUUGCACGACCUGUCCGUUGUUCCUUCUUCGUAUGCACUUUUCUCGUUAUGUUUUCGCAACACUUUGAACAUCUUUUCUUUCCACGCACAGUCCGUUCUCCGAUUGUCUAACAGGCUACCCGGAGAUGGAUCCCGCGUCGUAACUGGUCUCCUGGCUGGCUGUGAAAGAUCGAGAACUCGAACGGGUAACUGCCAGCUGAAGAAAGGCACACCCCCCAGAAAGUCUCUUCGUUGACAGAGGUGACAUACAUCUCCUUCUGCAGCUGCGUCGGCGAGACGCACAUUUCCCGGUUCCCUUGUUACCUACCGAGUAAAUUACAUUUUGCACGCGAUCGUAGCUGACUGGCGGUUCCGCCACCCCCAAGAUUUGAAAUCACGUUUUGUCUGUGACUUCUUACUUUGCCCGGUCUAUGCGCUUCUAUUUGCUCGCUCUGUUAAGAUGGAGCAGAGCUACUUAGUCUCUCUCCUCGUGUCUCUGGGUUGUUUGAAGCUGCUUUUUCUGUUGGGUGACCCUUCGCUAGCCCUUUCCGGUGCGAAUGGCGGCGCCCACGGUUUCCCCUCCGCCGGAACCGUCCUUUUUUCAACCCACCCGCCUUCUGAUUCAUCUCCUGCUCAUAUCUUGUCAUCCGUCUUCUCCGCACAAAACGACGACCAACUCGCUGUUUUGCCCGACACGGGACUGUCGGAGUUGGUGACCAGCGAUGACAGCCCAGAACGGCGAGCAAGAGCCUUCGUUGAGUUGAUGGACGUUCCAGACGAAAGGGAACAACAGUUUUCCACUAGUCCUACCGCGUCCCGUAGCUUCGUCAAAAUUAAGCAGCAUGAAAUGUUACGGGAUGCAGACGGAAACUCAAAUGUUUUCCGGUUGCUGCCACUCAAGUCUCCCUUGGAGGAAGAAGCGAAGGACGGAACCGUGGUGACUCCUGUUUCGGCGGUUCAGAUGGAACAGCUGUUUUCCGAAGUCCACAGGAAAGACAGAAAAAUCAUCAUCAAGACGUUGAAGGCUCUCACCCGCAGGAGUUUCAAAAAAGCGGACAACUACAUCUCGACGCACAGUUACAUUGCACAUCUGACGCGUGUGAAUCCCCUGUUCCGCUCUAUUGCAAGGAGCGACAAAGAGAAGAGAAAGCUGUUGGCUUCUCUUUCGCGAGUGAUAUCCCACAGGCCGCAACGUAAACUCAAAAAGAGGAAAGAAGAACUUUUUCGCGCUGUCAGGGUCCUUCGGAAGUACCUAAAAAUCCCGAAGGUGGUCGCAGACACAGACCCGUUUUUGCUCGAGUGUGCGGCGCACUUGAUCGCAGAUAUUCGACAGAAGCGCCAUGAAGGCUACUGGGGAUUUCUCGACGGCCUCCGGCAUGAUGCGAGCCUGACUUUGUACAGCGUCGUUGUCGGGACCUUUCUUGAUUACCAUGGCGGCUUCGACUCGUACGUGAUUGACGAGACACAUAUAAUCGAUACAUGCAUCCACAUGAGUAUUUCUGUCGGCAAGCUCCCGGUCUUCGACGCCUUUCACCUACCAGGCGGGCUUUUUGGUUCUCUUCUCACUGUGGCAGUCAAAGGCUAUAACUACAUGUUCUACCCAGCUCUUGCAGCCACGACAAGUCUCAUCGGCAUUGCCACUGGGCUGAUUUGCCUCACCCAGCUGACCGAUAUCAUGUUCAAAGCCUUCGACACCAUUGCCAGGUCUUUGAAGAAAGGGAUACGCCUCGGCUUCAUGAAAUUCUACCAGUAUCGCGUGCGAGGUGAUCGCGUCGGUCAGAACGUGAUUUCGUUCCUGGCGAUGAACAAGGCAGCGUCGCUCCUCGCCAUCUUGUGGCAACUGAAAAACGUGAACUACCAGGCUCUACAAGACUUCAAAACAAUAGCUCCCACCACGCAUGAGGCUACCUUUCAGCACGGCGUGAACUUUGGAGCGGUAGAAUUCUCUUCGGAAAUUCAGCGACACCUGGAAGAGGACUACCUGGCGUUCCGGCCGGAGCUCGAUGAAUGCUACGGGUCUACGCAACUGACACCUCUCGUUGAGCUUAAGUGUGACGCAUCAUGGAAGAGUGUGGAAAGAUUUACGAAGGCCAUGGAUGGCAUGAUCUCGUAUGUGAGUCGGUUCAACUUCAAGAAAUACGUGGGAGAGCUGUUGCUCUUGAUGUACACCAUCGUGAUCGUGAACAUGAAUGUCAAUCGGAGCCCCGGAGACAGUUCAACAACGGAGGGCUUCCGAAACGCCAAGGGGUACAUCGACGUCGAGAACGAUACGGGUGCCUUCCCCUCCAAGCUUUUUCGCCUGCCGUUCCUGAAAGAAAAUGCGCACCGAGCCUCAGUGGGGCUGUCAAAGCUAGCUCUUUUUUUUCAACUGCGGCGUCUUCAUCAGUGGAAUCCCAAUCGGGAUGAGUGGGUGAUGGUGGACAUGGAGACCGGGCCGGAAGACCCAGCAAGGGAUACAAAGUCCGAAGCUUCAACGGAUGUUCCAGAAUCGUCCCUGUCUUCUUCCGUGUCACUGCCGCCCCCUCCCCUGCAACGGCUUCCUUCGUUGCAUGCUGCUCCUCGCCUUGCACCGCCGUCCGGCUCUCGUGCGUCGUUUUUGUCGACCUCAGAGGACCUGCUCGGGGUUCGAAGCUUCGCAGAUUCGGCAGACGUCGCGCGAGAAGUGGCCGCCGAGAUGCGGGUAAAGGCGCGUCUCACUCUCGCGCCUGACGUUCGUGACGGCGACUGGCCUAGUCCUGUCGAAGAGCUCUCGCCGGAGGAGCAAAAGAGGCUGAACGCAGUCCGGAGAAGGAGAACAAAGAUGAUGCUUCGGCUCUUUUACAAGGGUGUCUCGUCUCUUGCUGUGGCCAUCAAUCAGCUGUUCGGGCGAUUUGUUCACCUGCUGAUGCUGCAGAAUUCGGGAAAACCCUUGAAAAAGUGUCCCGCUGACGCGACACUCUUGUCAGCGGCCGGCGUCUGCGAAAAUGACAGGUCUCUGCGCGCGAGAGACGAAAUGCCCCUCCGCCUGGUCGUCUCCACCUUCGCAGGCAUGUUCUACAGACGCGCCGAAGGCAACUUUGGGGUUACGACCAAGGAAGAGAUCGUCCAGAAAUUCAUGGACUUCAUCGACGAAAUCAAGUAUGGCCGCGUCCAGGUUGGAUUCCUUGGCAAACUGCGGAGAAAACGGCCUCAGUGGAUCCUCGACAGCAUCCUCAACCCACUCUUCGGUGAAGGCAGCCACAAAAAAGUUCUCAUCAAAUCCAGUGAAAUGGCCAUCAUCAAAGCGAUCGUUGUCAACGAGGUCGGCGCUCUUUUCAAACAAGUCGAAGACUCCGCACGUUUCAAGUAUUCGCGGUGCGACACCACAGGACGGUUGUAUAUUCUCACCGACUUGAAUGGAGGCACUCAGUUUUUCGUAACAUCGACGCCGCGAACGCCGGAACUCGAAGAGAAGGCGUGCAGGAUUGAAUUACAACUCCAAGAGACGGAGAUUUACUUCCGCGGUGACCAAGUGAAGGGUGGUGUUUUGUUUCUUCCUGGUGUUCCUCCUAUUCGUGGGGUCCUGUCGAAGGAUCCCGAAUUGCUCACUUCUGCGGAGGCAGACUCUGACAUUCUCCUCAUUGUCGAGGGCACUCUGUGGAUGCAAGGGUAUCCAAGAGUGCAUGCGAGAAUGGUUGGAGCGGUGCUCUAUGUGUCAAAGCGCCUUCGGUACCCGUCCCUCAGCUGGGGUGAGUUUAUGCAAGCCAUCACGCCGCAAGACCUUGAAUUUGCGUACCGCAUUCUGCAGGAGGGCACCGCUGAGAAGCUGCAGGCAGACCUCCAGCAGCUAGACAAGAAGAUGCUGUACAGCUUCGACUUUUCUCUCGGGAACAUUUGGUCCAUUCUGCUGGGCACGAUGGAGCGGUCUGUGCUCCCGAUCAAGAAACAGGCUUUCCUGUCGUACGACUUCAACAUCGUUGUCGGCGCCUCGUUCGUCCUCAGCAUCUAUAACAACAUCGUGAAAAACGUUUCGGGUCUCACGCACUGGUACUUGCGAUUCGAAAACCUUUAUUAUGAUGAACUGAAGCGGGCGAAACUCGGCGGACAGGAAGCGCCUCCUGGAACGGGCUUCCUGGAGGCCGGCAACGGUUGGGAAGGAGGCGAGGAAGCCGAGCAAGGAAGCAGAACGCAGGAAAGAGACCACAACAACUCACCGACUUCAAGCCUAUCGGAUUCAGUCUCUGCAACGGACACGUCCGAUGAUGUAUCCCCACCGUUCAGCUUCGUUGGAAACGAGGUGCUAAGGCCCGAGAGAGGAGACCAGGAACGAGAAAGGGAAGACGGGGACGAAGAGCCUGUGCGUUUCUCCUUUGAAACGGAUAUCGUUCUCGACUGGAACUGCAACGCCUUCUACGAAAACAGAGAAGAAGAACGACCCGCCAAGGGAGCAGCCAGCAUCACCGUCGACGAAAGAAAUGCACUACAGUGCAGCCUUCUCCAUUUCAUGCGUCGACAGCCCACUGUCAGUGCGGACGACGACGUCCAGUUAAGGCAAGAUAGCGGGAAGGUCCUGGCCUACCUCCAACGCAUCGUGUACGAACUGCGCUUGAGGAAAGGCCAGUCUCUAUCCUCGUGGAAGAGUUUUAUGAAUGCUUAUCCUGGAAAGCCGAAAAACCCCAUAUCAGAGAUCAGAGAGGACCUUGGCGGAGCCAAGGCCUUCAUCCAGCGGAAACGCCAAAAACUGAGAACCCGCUUCAAAGCAUGGCGACACAAACUCCGAUCUGAACUCAGCAAGAAGUUCUUCGGGAAAAGGCCCAUCAACGCGAUGGGUGGAAGACGGUUUCUGCACGUCAUGUUCGUCGCGUUUGUGGAGUUGUUUCCAAACCCCGAUGAUUUCCCUCGUCAGGUGCUUCUCACCCCCAUGCAAAUGCUCCAGUUUUGUGGACUGCAGACUGUGUUGAGGACCUACACAGCUCCCUACUUUUUUGACAGAAAGAAAGGGAACAGUUUGGCGCUGCAAAUGAAGGCUUCUCCUGUUCCCUCCGAGUCACACAGAACUGCUUUGGGUGAGCUGGAUAUGCGCGUGGCACGCAUUGUCACGUCGGAUCAGUCAGAAGGGAAGGCACGCACGCACAAGUUGGUUCGCCAGGUCGGCGGCUACCUCCAGCUGUUAGCAGAGACGUCCUUCACCGGAGUGGAAGUGCCGGAAUAUACCUCUCGCAGUUUCUUGCAAUAUGUGAAGAUGAAGAUAAACGAGGAGAGGAGAGGCACCCCGAAAACAGACUCCGAGUUCAUGGCGCUUGUUCAGAUGCAAGUAACUGACCUGACACUUCUCUACACCAUGCUAGCUGCCAUUGACGACGUUGAAGAGCUCAAGAGGAUUCAACAAGAGUUGACGAAGGAAAACUUCAACCUCGCUGCGCUUUCUGCUGAGAAGCUUCGGCUUUACUCACCUUAUUUCUACUUCGACCUCUCCUCAGAUACAGGCAAGUCUGUGCGCGGUGGCAAGCGCCCCGCGUCGAUGCUGGUUCUGACUAUGGAGUGUCGCCAGCAGACACUUUCUCCUAACUGGAACUCUGCGAACAACUCGUUGGAGGCGUUUCUUCUCUUUCUUCGAGAGGGACUUUCUCCUGAUGAUAUCUCUGAAAUCACUUGGACUGAGCUUUCCACCUCCGAGCCUUCUCGGUCAUCGCCGGAAGCGGAGACUGGCACGUCGGUGGACGCCGAGGAGGUUAGAGCGAGCGAUCAAGGCGACUCCCAGGAACCUUGGAAGAUUGCCAUGAAGCUGCCGCUUCUGACAGGCUUGGAGGUCUUAGGUUAUGCCAGCGAAUUCCGUCCUGAAACAACCGAAAAUAUGUUCGCCGCCCCGUCUGUGCUGUGUCAUAUCUGUGAGCCGGUGGACUACAUUCUCCCUCUCGGUUUGCCGGAGUGGAUUAAGUUGCGCAGAGACGCAUCCUCGCAGGAGGAGUUGUUCCGAGAAGAACAGCGCGAGGACAGGGAGGAAAUGUCGAUGUUCGACGCUGAGCCGGUUUCUGCUGCUCCUUUUUCCGUGCCUGUGCCCGAGCCAUUCGUCGAAACAUCGGAGGCCACAGACGGCGAUAUAAGCGCGCCACCGGCGGAUCCCACAGACACGAAAGACACAAUCGAGGACAGUGCUGGCGAAUUCGUCAAUGCAGGGGAUGUUGCGUUCGUUCAGCAGCGCGCAGAUGCAGAAACCAAAGACGAAGACGAGCUCAGAGAAAAAAUCAACACAGGAGAGAAAGAGACGAUGCCACAGGUCGAAGUCCCCCUGGUUUCUCGACCACCCGAAAGGGAAGACAAGAGAGAAAACGCCGCAGGUGCGAGCCGUUUUCUGCCGGAACCGGGAUAUCAAUCGCCCUUUAUAGAGGCCGGUGAAGACGCAAAAGUGGAAGAAGGGGAAGAUGUGGCUGAAACCGUUGAGGACGACGGAGACGAGACAGAACCUAUCCAGGAAGAAGGACGUGUGGAAGCCAUAGGUGCGGCGUCGGAACUGCGGCUUCGGCGCGCAUACCCCUUGAGCGAUGAGAUUCUGCCGCUUUUUCUAGACAUGUUCCACGGCCUAUACGCGCUGGCGCGCCCCUGGCGCCUCCGCAAAGACUUUCUUCGGCGCAUGCGCAAGUCCUUAAGCAACGCGUACGAGUCCAGGACGGAGGUGACGGGGGAGGCGACAGCGCGCGAUAAGAGUCGAGACAGGCGCUCCAGUUCUCUCAGCACCGCCGACCUUAAAGCAAUAUUCCACAGCGUUUCUGGAGGACUCCCGAAGCCGCCUACGAGCCGAAAUCCGAUCACGGAAGUGGUUUUCAGAGAGCUGCACGGCAGCGUCGUAGCAACGCGGAAAGCCGUGAUCGACGAGAACGCGGGAAAACUCGCGACCUGGGUGUGCAUCAACUCGGCCCGGGAAAUCUGCGCCGCCGGAUCAACCGCCACCCCGCCAGAGCUGGCGAGUGCGGAGUACCGCAGAUGCGUCGCAGAUAUUGAGGCGCGAUGUCGACAAGUUGACUGGCAAGAAUUCCAAGUUGUCCUGCAGGCCGAGGAGUACGCGAUCAAGUCCGGCGUCUUCGUCUCUGCCAUGCAGAGCGUCGAGAAACAGGACCUGCGGAAAAUACUCGAAACUGUCGACGAUGUUCUCACCGACAUGAUCGUGGAAGAGUUGAAGAAACACUGGUGGGCACCGCGAAAUACUUUCACAGAAGCCUCCUUUCCGUCCGACUCUGACGAUACGAUGCUUGCCGGAAGAAGACCGUCUGUACAGAAACGGUGGCUCUAUGUGAAAAACAGGUUGCAAAAGUGUAUGGACAAGCUGAAAAAUCAGCAACCCGACUUUGCUGCAAGCACAGUGCGCUCAGUUUUCGAACCUCUCUUUUUCAAACUGGCGAGAGGGGAGUUCUCUGGCAAAGCAGAGCUAAAGGCAUACUUGCAGGAAAUGCGUGUCACGAUUGCGAGGGCAGCAGCUAUCGAACUCGAUGAGACCAUGGUUAGCCGGAAUGUGGCGCUCCGUCACCAGGCACAUAACAGGGAAAUGAAGCGACGACGGCGACGACCGUUUUAUCAGCGUACCACUAGGGCUGUCGAAGACGAAAGGGUUCAUUUUAUUUCUCAUUCUCCCUCUCCGGCUGGCCCUGAAGCGCAAGAUUUUCCGGAGCCCGAGUCGUCUCUGCUCCAAGUUCGCCAAGAUAUUCACGACAGCAACGGCCAGAAAUGUGGUUUCCUCCAUGCGGAAUCGCCUUGCUCGACUGUCUCUUCUUCGUCUCCUUCCCCUCUCCUUUCGCGGAAUGUUUUGUCAGCUGUCUCGUUGUCUCCACCUCACACUGAUCCCCCCGUUGCGGACGCAGCGGCAGCGGAGAUGAGUGGGACAGAAACAACGAAGCCUCUUGUGGCAGUGAGCUCUCCCGCAGCUAAAGAGAGGGUACAGCGCGUCUCUGCUGCUGCUUCCUUUGCACUUCUCUUCUCUCAUCAACAGAAACAAACAGGAGGGCGAGGCGGCAAUGAAGUUGCGCGUGUAAAUCCAGCGGAUUCAGACACCAUCAAAGACGCUUUUGGUUCUCGUAUCGAUUCGUCUUCUUUCAACGAGUACACACUGCAAGUCGUUGCAAGACGGGAAGGCAGACUUAAGUGGCUUCGGGUGUACCGGAUCAAUGCCGCUCUCCUCACCCUGGAGCUUCUUGUCCAGCUUCGAUCAGGUAUUUCAGUGAAACUUCGUGGCGUUUUCAAGAGAGUCCGCGAGCACAUACGGAGAAUCCUAUUCGCUCCUCAGGCACUCAUGAGGUUUGUGAUGGGGAGAGUCGCCGCCUUUCGUCGUCGCUGAGAGAAGACACAGCAGAGCCAAGUCGUUGAAGAAGAAAGAAGACGAUCUAAAGGGGAAGCAACUACUGAAGGUUUUUGGAUAUAUUUUGAGUUGUCUAUGAUGCCUUGCCCUCCCCCCUGUCAUGUACCACUACUUCCUACAACACUAUAGGGAUUGUGCCGUAUGAUCGGCGAAUGAUUGAUGGCAACGACAGCAGGCAGCAGUUCUCGUAUGGCAGAACAUGCUGAAUAGUUCGAACGGAAGUACGCCGUAGGCGCGGUAUAACGACUCUUGUGUCCCCUCAGUACCGCUGUGCUCCAAUAUCGAAAACAAAGACAGAUAUGCGAAAACGAUGCAACGUCGGUGUCUCGUCUAGCAGAGGAUCCGUCUCUCGUUGCCUGUAGUCUUCACUGGCAGUGCCGGAAGCCUCGUGAGGAAAUAUAGGAAGAGCCAGACGACCAAGAGAGGAAAGAAAGGUGACGAGGAAAACGGGAGAAAACACUUUCUCAUCAGCGCUCAACGAAUUUGUUUUAAUGUUCUCCUACCGCUUCCAAUCUGUCGACUGUGUAUCGAUUCCCUGCCACGCCGCUCCUCGUUCUGAUGUCGAUCAUCAUCCACGAGAGAAAGGGGUCAAGGGAAACACAUAUAAGGUAUGUGGUUUUCCGUGAUGUUUACGGAAAUUGUAACGGUUCAUUCUCUCCUGCAUUUGGCUACGUGGAGCGGAACAGUCGACUUUCUUCCUGCUAGAAUUUGUCAAGUAUGUACUCACAUCUCUUUACAUGCAGGCAGGCACUAUCGGCGGAUUCUUGUGCAUCAGAUGUCAGUCAACUCGUGGUCAUAUGGUUUGCUUGUCGCUCGUGUUUACACAAGCGAGAGGAAGUCUCCGCUGUUUCGCUUGUGAUUUUUCACUUAGGACGUAUCCCGUGUUUCCUUCGCGACGGAGGCGUCCUUUUCCUCCACUGAGUGACAGUUGAUCGAGC